AUGACUGCCGCCUGGAAAGCCGCUGGCCUCACCUACAACCGUUACCUGGCCAUUGCCGCCCGCACGGUGCGCCGGUCCCUUAAGGAUGAGGCUCGUCUCGCCUCUGAGCGUCGCGGUCUGAUGGACCUGCGUUUCGCCAAGUGGGAGAACGGCAAGCAGGGUACCGUUCGCUCGCUCGCCGAGGCCAACAACGAGGCCAUUGCCAAAGCCGCUGAGAAAUAA